GGCCGGUGUGACGGGUGUGUGUGGUUGUAAGUAGCGAGCCCGGCGAUCGUUUAAGCUCACGAACACCAAGAUGUCUGGACCAAAGAUAAGCAUAGAAACACCUCUUGAAAACCAGGUGUAUGAGAUAACCUAUGAUGGAAGGGAGAUUCUUCAGCCGCCACUCUCCAUGUCGGAGAACCUGGCGCGCCUGGCGGCCAAGAUCGACUGGAGCCGCGCCGACGGCUCGGACGGCGCGGACGAGCCGGCCGAGCCGGCCGCCGAGCCCGACGCCGACGGCGAGCAGCAGGUCACCUCCUUCCAGCAGCCCGCCUGGCCCUGGGAGAGCGUGCGCAACAAGAUCAGGGACGCCUACACGGAGGUGUGCGUGCUCUCGGACGUCCUCAGCAUCGCGCGCCACAAGCGCUACAUGGUGCUGGACGGCGUGACGCAAGACGCGCCGGAGUCGCGCCAGCUCGUCCAAGUCAUCAGCAAGAAGAAGGGUCUUGGGGCGGCGGCGCAGAUCCUGAACGACGGUGCUGACCGUAUGCGCGAGAACGUGGCCGAACAGCGGCGCAACCGCAACAACAACGACUUCUACACUGAGCUGUUGCGCCUGCGCCAGAGGUGGCGGCUUAGAAAGGUCGGCAACAAUAUCAUCGGUGAUCUCAGCUACAAACAAGUGGGCUCGCGCUUCUGGCUGUCGGGCACGUUCGAGGUGAAGAAGGCGGAGGAGACGCCGGCGCCGGCCGUCGGCCCGCCGCCGCCGCCCAUCGUCGUCACCGUGCCCAGCGAACUCCAGGGCGUCGCGUACAUCUACGUCACCAUCAGGAAAGACCAGGAGACGCUGUGCUCGGCGCGGCUGACGCAGCCGGGCGGCGCGCCGGCCGCCGCCGCCGCCGCCAACUCCCAGCACUGGAACGACCGGCUGGAGGCCGCCCAGAACGUGCUCUUCUGCAAGGAGCUGAUCGCGCAGCUGGCGCGCGAGGCCGUCCAGCUGCAGGCCAAGCUGCCGCACAUGGUGAUCGGCAACGAGAUCACGUCCACCAUCUUCCCGGGCAUGCACCUGGUGAUCGGGCUGGCGCACAGCGCGCGGUCAGAGCGGCGCGCCGCCGAGCUGCCGCCGCCGCCGCCGGCCGGCCCGCUCAGCGACAACAACUACGUGCUGGAGCACUCGCUGCACCAGCUGCUGCGGCACGUGCACCACCGCAACAUGCACCACGCCAUGCCGCACCCGGCCUCGGCGUCCAUGGGCAUGAGCAAGCGGCGCCGCCAGGCCGGCCCCGGCGCCGCCUCCCGCGCCCAGCUCGUCAAGAUGGUCGAAAGUGAGACCCUGCUGGAGAGGAUCAUCCGCCAGGCCCGGCACGUCGUGUUGCGCAUGCGCACAGCGUUCGUGAUCGACAGCUGCGCGCGCGACAUCAAAGACCCGCUGAUCGUCACCCAUUGGAACUCGGUCAACUCGCCCACGCAGUGCUGCUGCAAGGUCAACAUCGUCACACACGGCUACGACUCGGUGCACCGCACCACCUUCCUCAUCAACGUGCUGGAGGACUCGCUGCGCUGUGUGUGCCGCGACGGCCGCGUGCUCACGCUCAGCUACGACUCGUCCGAGCUGCAGUACAUCAUCUUCUGCCAGGUGUCUCAGCACAACAUGCUGGCGGCGCAGUCGUUGGGCCGGAUCCUGGGCUGGACGGUGCGCAGCAGCGGCGGCUGGCAGGGCGGCGGCUGCGUGCUGGCCGCGCCCUCGGGCCAGUGCUACGUGGCGGUGCGGUGUCAGCCGCACGGCGAGCCCAUCCAGGUGGCCGUGGCUCAGUCGCCGCGGCCCGACUUCUUCCCCACGGCGCUGGUGACCGAGCACAAGUGGGAGCAGCUGGGCGGCGCCUUCAGACAGGUGAAGUGGGAGAAGAUGGAGGGACGCAACUUCCUAAACAAGAUGGAGCUGCUGAUGGCCAACUUGUCCAACAGCACGGCCAACAUCAUGUGACGCCCUCUCUAGGCCUGCUUCUCGUCGGGGGUCUGUGCAUCACACACCCGAGAGAAGUGCUGCGUAACUCCAACAGAGAGAAGCAGAGCACGGCAAGUUUCUUCAUAAUGACAGCGUACUGUCGGCCUCCGCGCGCGCAACGCCCAUGCUGUUCGCUUCCAGCGCGCUCAAUACACUGUAUUUGUAUAAA